GGACCCCUAGGGCUAAGCUUUAUAAAAGCUACAUUUUAUACCCCAAGUCUGCACCAUAACAUCAAAUCAUGAUUUUAAACAUUCUCAUUCUGUUGUGUUGGAGAGAAUAGCAAUUCUAGUGUGGUGCUUUGACCCAAUCGUGAAAGCAUCAUUCUUAUAUGCUAUCAAACGAGAUUUACAAUCAUUCAUUUAUAGAAGAGAUGUGUUUUCUUCGGUGGAGGUCAAAAUGGGGUAAUAUUAAAGAAGGAUAUUGGCCUCAUUAGUGCUAUUGCUCUUAUAGUUGGAACUAUGAUAGGUUCUGGUGUAUUUGUUUCACCUAAAGGUGUUCUGUAUGGAGCUGGAUCAGUAGCUAUGAGCCUUCUACUCUGGUUACUGUGUGGAAUACUAUCUUUGUUCGGCGCCUUAUCGUAUGCUGAGUUAGGAUCUGCUAUACCACAAUCUGGUGGAGAACAUGCCUACCUCAUGUUUACUUUUAAGCCUUUCAGUAGAUGCUGGGGUCCAGUUCCCGCGUUUUUAUAUGAUUGGAUUGGAGUAAUAAUACUACGACCGACCAUGUUUGCCAUAAUGUGUCUUAGUUUAGCCACGUAUGCGACCCAACCUUUCUAUGGAGAUUGUGAAGCACCUUUAUACGUUAAAAAAUUAGUUGCUGUUCCAGUCAUGAUACUGAUUGCGGCUGUUAAUUGUCAUAGUGUGAAAUUAACGACCAUUAUACAGAACUGGUUAACAUUAGUUAAACUUAUAGCAGUGGCUAUUAUAACUAUUGGCGGCUUCUACGUCAUGAUUACAGAUGGUACCACAUAUAUAGCAGAAGGAUUUGAAGGAACAUCAAAAGACCCGACAACCAUCGCUCUGGCUUUUUAUAAUUGCCUGUGGGCAUAUGAAGGAUGGAACAAUCUGAAUUUUAUAACCGAAGAGAUUAAAAAUCCAAACAGAAACCUGCCAUUAGCUAUAUUAUUUGGAAUACCUCUAACAACAAUGUGUUAUAUACUGGUUAAUGUGGGAUAUUUUGCUGUUAUGUCUAAAGAAGAACUGGUUUUAUCAGACGCGGUUGCUAUGAUAUGGGGUGAAAAAGUGUUAGGUGUAAUGUCAUGGAUCAUGCCUUUGUUUGUGGUAUUAUCAUGUCUGGGAGCAGCUAAUGGUUGUUUAUUUUCUAGUGGUAGAUUAUGUUUUGUAGCAGCUAGAGACGGUCAUUUAGUUGACGUUUUGUCAUAUUUACAUAAAGAUAAAUAUACACCUUUACCAUCUCUUAUAUUUACUACUUUAAUAGGUAUAUUAAUGCUCAUACCUGGUGAACUCGGACAGCUUAUAGAAUUUUUCGGGUUUGCAUCGUGGAUUUUCUAUGGUUUAACAGCCGGUUCACUUUUAAUUCUUAGGAAAACAAAGCCUGGUCUCAAAAGAACGUAUAAGGUGCCAUUAUUUAUGCCAAUAAUAGUUGUGAUAGUCUCGAUUUACCUGGUUUUAGCCCCGAUUAUCGCAUCACCACAAAUGGGCUAUGUUUAUGUUGUUAUGUUCAUGUUAUGUGGAGUUUUAGUGUAUUUUCCAAUGGUGUAUUAUAAAUAUACUCUUAAAUUCUUUGGCAAAAUAACCAAAUAUUUACAGAUACUUUUUAUGGUAAUUCCCACCAACAUGGAAUGACACGUGUAUAUUUCUGUUAAAAACAUGUUUGUUUUUAUUGUAUACUGCCGUUGUCUACAUUAGCGUUAGUUCUAAAUGUAAAUGCCAACUGCAGAUUUGGUCAAAGGUCACGGGAUGUAAAAAGGGCUAGCUCUAAUCCUAGACCUACCUCACAAUCUCGUGCCCUAACGUUACUUACAUCUUGCGACCUUGACGAAAUCUGCAGUUGGCCUUAAUAUUUAGAUCUGAUCCUAUAUUAGCCCGGUUUGUGCAGAGAAGUAAGACGUUACCCCCAUUUAUUUUAUAUAAUGUUAUUUUAUAGAUAUAUUUUGUUUCAUAAAUAGAAUCUCAGAUUUGUUACGAAAUUAAUGUUACAAUAUUUAUAAACGAAUACUGUUACAGUUAUGUAAUGUGACAAUGACACCUUUGCAAUUUAAUAUUAUUACACUACAUUGUCCUUCAUUAAUUUCAGAGUUAUCAUUGUGCGCACCAGGGGCUAAGUGAGAGGGACACAAUGACGAGCUGUGCGUCAUGGUUUUGAGUUUUUGCGACACUCGCUAAUGGCAAAAAAGCAUGCGGUUUUCAACAUUAUAAUUAUAAUGCUCAACAUUGCUAGAGUAGCAUGUUCCACACAGCCCAACAUUACUAGAUGGCACUGGGAGGGUCAGCCACCACCAACCCCCUUCCCUGCACACACACAUAUAAAUAGUUUUUUUUCGGGGCCCGGACGGGAUCUUGUUCCUCAUGCAAAAUCAUGGGUCACCACGCCCAUAACGUGUACAAGCCAUUGGUUAUUGGUCUAUUUCUCUUUACUAUAUAAUAAUCCGCGUAUUUUGGCCAUGUUAAGUCGGAAUAAUAUCACAGGUUUACUUUGUCGUAUGUUCGCUCCUAUACUGUCCUGAGCUUUUUUU